AUGGAUGACCUACCCUCCAAUAACGUAUCAUCAGCCUCCCCCGAUGCUGGCUUAAUGAUGGACUACAUGAACUAUAUGGCAUCGCAGCCGCCAAAAGUCAUUGUGUUCGGCCCAGGUUCAAAUUGCACCCUCGAAAUAUGCGACAUCAGCUGGAGCGUCUACAAAUACCGGCCCUCGCUCCCUGUCAACGCCGCUUUUCUCGCCCUCUUCGGUCUCGCUAUGGUCAUGCAUAUUUAUCUCGGUAUCCGCUGGCGGAGCUGGUGGUUCAUGGCUUUCAUGAUCUCUGGUUGUGUAUUCGAGAUGAUUGGAUAUGGUGGUCGUAUCAUGCUCUACAAUAACCCAUUUUCUUUUCCCGGGUUCUUGAUCCAGAUCAUCACCAUCACUGGAGCUCCCGUCUUUUUUACCGGUGCCAUUUAUGUUACCCUGUCCAAAACGCAAGUAUUCUCUUGUUCAUCGAUUAAUCUUGAGCGGAGACUAAUCGGAAUUUUUUGCAUGAUUUGUAGGAUCGAACAUUUUUCGGCAGCACUAUCACGGAUCCGACCCAAGCUAUUCUAUUAUUUCUUCAUCCCUGCUGACAUUAUCUGCCUUGUUUUGCAAGCCGCCGGCGGCGCAGUAUCGACUGUGAGUCGAGGUGUUAGCCAGAGGGGAAUUGACAUCGCCAUGGUAGGGCUCAUUCUCCAGGUCCUUGUCCUCAUCGCGUUUAUCUCACUUUUUGGUGACUACAUGGCACGAUAUUUCCGGUCGCAGAUCACACAAAGGUUUACAGUGAGAGAGACCUCAUUUUUCACCUGCCUCAUCUUGGCAACCGUGUUGAUCUUGGCGCGGUGUUCGUAUCGCUGCUAUGAGCUGAAAGAAGGAUAUACGCACUCUGAGCUGAUCACUAACGAGAGCCUUUUCAUUGUCUUGGAGGGGGCUUUGGUUUAUAUAUCGUCACUGCUACUCUGCAUUGGGCAUCCUGGUCUGAUCUUUCAUGACACAGGAUGUGAGAAGCUUGAGGACGAUGAUGCUUCAGGCGAUCAGAUUCCGCUGGAACAAUUUGUGUACAGGGAACCAGAGACGGAAAUUGGAGUGGCCAAGUAG